AUGCUUCAGGAGGGCAACUCUGAUCGUGAGGCAAGAUUUCUGGCAGAGUUCCUGAAAUCUUUCAAAGGGCUCAGACAUCUGCACCUUAAAUUGUGCAAUUUCUUGGACUUGUCUUGGAUAGAGCAGGGAAUUGCGCACCACCGUUCCACACUGGAAACCCUCGUCUACCACGAGCGUGGACUUCAGGCUAUUGAUGAUGAAGGACGAUUCGAAGAGACUCGAGAUCAACAACCUACUUGGGCUUUACAUCUGGCCAAUGCUGUCAAUUUAUUGCAAAUCUCCGCCUUGGCAUUGUGUGUGUCACCAUCAGUGAUGAUACUAAACCAACCGGCUGAACGAAGUAGCGUUCAAUACUCGAGCCGUUCCCUGGUACCUUAUCCCUGCGACUUCUACAUCUUCGCUUCAGCGGCUCUGAGAGGAUGCAUCGAAAUAUUCGACACGAAUUCAUUUCUCGCCUCCCACAAGCACAGUCGUGGAGCUCACAUGAUUCCAUCCCAGGCCGCAGCUCGGAUUACUCAGCAUCAAUGA